UUAACAUUUUCUCCUACCAGCUGAUAGCCAAAUUGUCAACAGUUAAGCCUGCGAUACCUGCGCCGCUGAAACGACGAUAUACACGAUCAAACACGGAGAGAAGAGAGGUCCAGACGUCGUCAGCGAGUCCCGACUGCUGUCUGUUUUGGAGGACAGUGACUGACAUCCCCCGGGAGGAGGCCCACCAGCCCCCCUGCCGUCUCCUACGCGGGCCGGUAUGAGCUCCAGAGGGAGUGGAGGCCGCACCAACGGCACGCUGCCGCAGACCAAGAUCUGCCAGUUCAAGCUGGUGCUGCUGGGUGACAUGGCCGUGGGCAAGUCCAGCCUGGUGCUGCGCUUCGUCAAGGGACAGUUUGACGAGUUCCAGGAGACAACCAUAGGAGCUGCGUUCCUGGCCCAGUCCGUGUGUCUAGAUGACACCACGGUGAAGUUUGAGAUCUGGGACACUGCAGGUCAAGAGCGAUACCACAGCCUGGCCCCCAUGUACUACAGAGGAGCUCAGGCUGCCAUCGUGGUCUUUGACAUCACCAAGCCGGAGACCUUUGAGAGAGCCAAGGCCUGGGUGAAGGAGCUGCAGAGGCAGGCCAGUCCCAACAUCGUGAUCGCUCUGGCCGGGAACAAAGCCGACCUGGCUGAGAAGAGACUAGUAGAGUAUGAGGAAGCCCAGACAUAUGCAGAAGACACCGGCCUGCUCUUUAUGGAGACCUCAGCCAAGACAGCCAUGAACGUCAAUGAGCUCUUCCUGGCCAUUGCAAAAAAGAUGCCAAAAACAGACACCCAGAACCCGACACACGCAGCGCGACAUCGGGGAGUCAACCUCCAGGACCCAGACGCCCACUCUACCCGAGCCUGCUGCGGUGGGAACUAGACCUCCACCACUCCCACCAGUAUUCCACCAUCAACACCACCACAGCCCUUCGACCAUCCUGUCUCCUUCAACCAACUUACAGGGGUGGGCCUGAUGCGGGGGAAACCCGGCAUCUACUCACCCACUCCCCCUCCAUUCAUCCUCCUGUCCGAGCAGACAGAAAUUCGAAAGGAGAGAAUAAGAGGAAAGUAAAAGAGCAAGCAGAGGUGGAGGGAGAAGACACAGAGGGUCACGUCUGUGUCUCUCGACAAACGACUGAGAUUCUGCAUUUGGGAAAGUACAAGGGGAGGUGUAGUGAAGACUGAGACGGAGAGAGGAGCAAAAUACAGAAUGUGGAAGACAGUGGAAAGCCUGUUGUAGUAUUUAGCACUAAUUGUGAUUUUUCUUUCGUUUUCACUCUGCCUUGCAACGUUUCAAUCACAGCCCUGUUUGAUUGCGUAAAAAAGGAAAAUGCACAAACUGAGCAGCACAUGCUGGCGAGUGGCCAAGACAGGAAGGGGGGGGUGGGAGGAAAAAAAAAAAAGAAAAAGACAAGGCAUAAAAUAAAGAAGCCAGUUAGGCUGUGGCUGCUUUCUUCUUCUUCUCCUUGUCAGAGCUUGCGCCUGCUUGCCUUGUCUCCUCCUGGUCCUGAAUCGAUCAAAUCCCGCUGUGAAUAACGCCACGUCGUACCCCUGGAAUGAAGUGAACCCAUGAUUCGUAACCCCCUCCUCUCUGUCCUGCCUGACUUUCCCCCGGUGUCAGCUGCACCAUCCAGGCCCACAUCACAUUAAGACCCACGGCACAGUUUUGUCCAGCAUACGUCGUACGUAUUUAUUAUCCAGUGUUUUAACUUAUCUUGACUGCUGGUAGUGAUGCUCCAGUGUCUCUGAGGCACCCAACCCACUCACUCUCCUUUCUGUCCGGAUAGAAACUCAUGAGGCAAACGAUUAAACUUAACUAAAGUUGUGAUUUAAUGAGGUUCUUUGAUGACACAUCUGGCCCAGCAGACUGGCUUGUUUCAGAAAAGAUUUGGCUUGGUUUUCGGUGGCUUGCUUGAGUGCUCAUAGGGGAAAUAUGAUUAGCAUCGCAGGCUGUAGCUCUUUACAGCAACAAUAUAGACUUGAUAGUGAGUGUUUGAAGCCACAGGACUUUAAUAAUGCUAUGUAUGAGCAGGAAAACGUUAGCUGUAACUAAUUGCAUGUCUGUAGCAGAGAAAGCACUCCUCAAACCCAAAGAAAGUAGUGAUGCAUCAAAUACUUACUGAGCACCUGUUUUUAAUAGAGAGCUUAAUCUAAUUUUUCAUUUAUUACAGUGAGUGACAGCCCAUGUGCGUCUCUGCCCAGAUUAAAAUAUUGGCAUCAGAUAAAUAAAAUACUGGGGGCCUAGAAGAAUCCUUAAGGGUGGAAUGAAAGGCAGGAAAAUAUAAGACCUGCAACAAACCUGUACCCAGAAAACCUGCCCGUCUUGUGUUUCACGUGUUCCUCAUCUGUCCCUUGUCCUGAGGCUAAGCUGUCGGUGAACAUGAAAUCAUAGUGAUCUUAAAUGGGUUAACUGAUUAAUACGAUGCUCUUAAAACAGAGUUGCGUGCUUGGUUGCUGUCCAGAGCUGCUUGGCUGAAGAAAAUGAGGAAGGAAUUGAUGAAAGAAAAAAACAAAAAAAAAAAGAGGAAAAAAACAAAACAAAACUAAAACAAACAAAAAACAGAAGUGCCUAUUCCCAGUUUUCUUUCUCUGUGAGUCAUGUUUGAGGCUUUCUUUAACUGUGUGCUUUGUAGGCAAAGUGCAGGAAAACCACCUCUGACAUCAGCUUGUACCAUGAACCAAUAACUCGGCACCCUGUCGUUAGGCUAUACUGUAUUGGCUCUUUGUAUGGAUGUAGAGAGAUCUUGUUGAAUACACUGUAUGUUAUAUAUUAUUGUCUUAAUUUUACUGAAAGUGGAUGUUGACUUUAGCAGAGCACACUUGUGAACCUGGAGUGGAUCGUUUUAAAAGGGGGGUCUAAUCGAUGUUAUAAAUCUGUUUGAUUUAAACAAAUAUUGGUGUUCAGGAAACUUUUUGUUCUGCUUUAAUUUCACAACCACGGAUAUUACAGUGAGAGUUUGGGUUAUUUGACGUGGGGGGGUCGUGUGAGGUACUUAUAGUCAGUGUAUUACCCGCAGUAGAUUCAGAUCAGUGCGCUGCCAGUUGAUAGAAGCAGUUAACAGAAGCUGAAUGAUGUGUGAUGUUUUAACCACUUUUAAAAAUUUCCCAGGAAAAACCCUAAAAUCAGUUUAAGUGUACGCUUUAUUUAGAAAAUUUUCACCGCUUUAUCUUGCUGUCAAACAGCACUUUCCUUUGGAACUACAUUUUCUCAACUGUUGAACUACCGUAUUACUACGCACAAGCGCAACUACUGCGCUAAAUGUACGCGGUAGUUCAACGG